UUCGGUUAACAGUCAGCAUUUAAUCCUGUCAUCAUCGCGUUGACAGACCGUACAGCAGUUACAGGUCUUGUCUAUUUCAGAUUGUCAACUUUGACAAGUAAACGAUCAAUACAAAUAUAAUUUGAAUUAAUUGCAACAGAAUAUUAUUUUAAAAGGAAAUCAAAAUGUGGACAGUUUUAACGUUUAUAUGUUUAUGUGUUGGUUAUGCUGGUGGGCAUGUUCGGUUAAUCUACCCACCGGCAAGGAAAUAUGCCCGCGAUUUUAUGGAUAAUAUUAGAACCCCAGGACCCUGUGGGAUACCAAGCGCUCUUGGACCAAAAACAUCACUCUUAGCAGGCUCCACAAUUUCAGUAAACUUUCAUCUGGCCUAUCCACAUAGAGGGGGUUAUUUUCUGGAGAUAAUGAACAAUGACACUAACGCUAUUUAUCGACAUCCUGGUACAGGUUUUAUAUCUGAAAGUGACACCACAUCGAGAUCACAAUCUUUCACACUACCAAAUGAACCUUGUAGUGACUGUACAUUACGUUUAGUUAGAGAAGCUGCUGAAUGGGGUGGUAGUUGUGGUAAAAAAUAUUUAUUUUGGUCCUGUGCUGAUGUUGAUAUCGUAGCUGCUAAUGAGUUUAAUGAAGAUUGUUCAGGACAUGGUACAUGGACUAAUAACGCCUGUCAGUGUGACUCUACCCAUGAAGGAGAUAAAUGUCAGCACAAAGUUGAAUGUAAAACUGAUGCGAAUUGUGAAAAUAAUGGAAGAUGUAUUACAAUAGCUACUACACCAAAUCCAGUUAAACAAUGUUACUGCCAACCUGGUUGGUUUGGACAAACUUGCCAAACACCAUCCACCGUGACAAAUGCUACGAUAGACUAUACUCAAUAUAAAGAGAGGGAAAUGUCUCCUGGAUUUAAAUUAUUCUACAGAACGAUUCCUGCUGAAUCAGAAAUAGAAAUGGUACUUAAAGUUAAUACAAACUCUUGGGUUGCUAUUGGUUGGAGACCACAGACACUUCAAUCAGGCUGCCAGCUAUUUCCCAACAUACCAGGCCUUGUGGGAACUGCUGUACCCACAAGCGAACCAGAGGCUCACCCCGAAACAGAACCAGAGGCCACCAGUGAACCUGAAACAGAACCAGAGGCCACCAGUGAACCUGAAACAGAACCAGAGGCCACCAGUGAACCUGAAACAGAACCAGAGGCCACCAGUGAACCAGAAACUACUGGUGAACCCGAAACAGAACCUGAACCAGAAAAUACACCUUGUAGCGCAUCAUGGUCUGAAGGUUGUAUAGCUGGCGGUUGUGCUUACAAAUCUAGUUGGGUUUAUGAUCCUACAUCAGAUAAAAUUACCUUUACACUUGAAGCUACAUUAAAUGGACAAGCUAAAUGGAUUGGCAUUGGUUUCUCGGAUGAUAAAUUUAUGGCUAAUUCUGAUGCUAUAAUUGGCUGGUUCGAGAAUGGAGUACCUACCGUAAAAGAUGUUUGGUUAUCCGGUCGAGUAACACCAUCAAAUGAUGUAACUCAAAACAUAGAGGCUGUUUCGGGAAGUUUAGUUAAUGGUGUGACUAAAAUAGAGUUUACGAGACCUAGAGAUACAGGAGACACAGCUGAUAAACAAUUUUCAGAUACAAACUGCUUCUACUUCUUCUAUGCUCUAGGUGGAGGAUAUAAUGCACAGGCAGGAACUGUCAACAAACACAGUAAUACGCCUAAAGUAUCCCCCAACAAAAUAUGUAUUAAAGCAUGUGCAGCUUCUGAACCCGAACCUGAAUACACCGCAGAACCUGAAACGCACGGAGAACCUGAACCCACUGUAGAACCUGAAGGGGAACCUGAAGGUGGAGGUGGAAAUUGUCCUGCAACAGUACCAGCACCAGGAUAUUCAGCUGGGGGAGGAUUCCGUGGAACAAGUGACACAACUGGAGGUAAUGUAGGACAUCCUAUGGAUUGUACAGAUAUUAUCAUUGGAUCAGCCAAUGGUCAACUGAGUAGAGUUGGAGAUUACUACACUAGAGAUCGUUCUACUCCUAAGCGGGAUGUUGAAUUUGGACAAACUGAGAGUCUUACAGCUGCAAUUGGUUUCGAAGAAAAUGGAGAAACAACCAUUUUAUUUAGAAGAAAACUUAUUGCCACUGAAAGAGCAGAUUACACAAUAGCAGAUGCCCUGAUGCAUGUUAUUUGGGCUAAAGGUCAAGAUGAGACUAAUUAUAUCCACAGACCAGCAUCUGGAGAUCGACCUGGAUUUUAUAAACAUGAUCAUUUGCUAUAUCAUGGUCAUUCACCACAGAGAGGUGUACAGACUAUCAACUUCCUUGAAAAGCCUGCUAAACCAACAUCAUGUAACGGUCGCUGGCCAUCAACAUGUAUCGGUUGUAAUCUAGAAGCUACUUGGGUUUUUGAUGCUGCAACUGAUUCCAUUAAAUUUACCAUAAAAGCUAGAUUAAACGGCGAGAAAAAAUGGAUUGCUCUUGGUUUUUCUGCCGAUACUUCAAUGCCAAAUUCUGAUGCUGUUGUUGGCUGGAUUGACAAUGGUCAGGUUACUCUCACUGACAGAUGGAUGACUGCAAAAAGUCUACCAACUGAAGAUACUAAGAAUGAUAUAACUGGUGUUACUGGUGAUGUGAUAAAUGGUGUAACAACGAUCAGUUUUACAAGAAAACGUGAUACUGGUGAUACUCAAGAUUUCCAAUUUACUGAUAUACAGUGUGGAUAUAUGUUUUAUGCUAUGGGUGGCAGCUAUAACAAUGACGGAACCUUCUCCAAACAUGCCACAACUCCCGUUGUGUCUUCCCAGAAAAUCUGUAUUCGAUCCUGUGAUAUUCAACCUACAUCCCCUGUUACAUUAAAAUCUGAGGUUGAAGUUAAAUUGGAAGAGACUUUCGAUGCUGAUUACUUGGAUAGCAACACACCAAAAUAUCAGACUCUGGCAACGGCCAUGGCAGAUUGGGCAAAUGGUGCAUUGAAGGAUGUAGAUGGAUUUAAGACUCUUGGUAUUAAGGGAUUCAGACAGGGAAGUGUCAUUACAAUUUUCGAUGUUUUCGUGGAGAAACAGAGCGAUGAUGCAGAAACCAAAGCCGCACUUCAAACAGAAUUACGCACAAAUUUACAAGGUGCCCUGACAAGUCCACCACAAGGCUAUACUUUAAAUACCACUUACCUGGUCGUUAGUGUACCCGAAACAGUUGUUGAAGAACCUGGGUUUAAACUGUCACUGGUAGAAGAGAUUGUCAUUGGUUGUGCUGUUGCUCUUGUCUUAGUCUGUGUUAUCGUGGCUGUGUGUAAAUUUUCGGAGUCUAAAAGAGCUAAGGCAGCAAGCAAACAUGAACAACUUUCAAAUAGCGGCGGAAGCAGCACCAGUAGCCUUACCAAUGAUAAACCAACCUCUCGUAAGAUGUCUUAUGACGAAUUCAUGAAACAAACACCUCCAGGAAAUGGACAUGGUAUGGUGAAUCCAGGCUACAACAAUAAGCAGUACCCUUAAAUGUUUUAAAAAUGGCGUGCCACUUUUAUAUUGAAACUUUUUUUCAUUUUAAAAACAAAUGUUUUAUUAUAUAUAACGGACAUUUUUCAGCCACUAUGUCGUCAUUAAUUUGUGAGAUUGUGUUUUUUCUUGUGAGAUUAAAAAGUUAUUACAAAGUUUAUUUGUUGUGAAAUCAGAUUGUCUAUAUUUUGUGUCAAUCAGAUUAAAACACUGACCCUACUUCGUUUCAUUUUUAAACGAAACGAAAUAUAGAUCGAUAUUUUAAUCAUAAUGUUUGUAUUCAAGGCACUGGUUUGAACCAGUUUAUGGACUAUUUUGUGAUUGCGGAUUUACAUUUGUUUUUAUUAUGCUGUAUUCUUUGAUUGCAAGCUGAUUUUUUUUAUUAUUAUACUAUGCCAAUUUAUACCUAUAAAUCCACAUAUUUUAUGUAUAUACUAUUUAAGUAUUUUAAAUAUACGUUUCGAAUCAACAACAUUUAACUAAUUUAUUCAGACUACAUAAAAUUUACCAGACACGUUUAAUGAUAAUUUACUUAAAUGACCAAUCAGAAAAAUUAUAUUUUAAUUUUUAUAUUAGUCUAUAUGACAUGCAUAAUCUGGUAUUGUGUAUUGAAUGGUUUUUUUUUAUAAUUUAUCUUUAUUGUCUAGUUUAUCCCUGGAUAGGAAAUAUAAACGAUUCUGUCCAUAAGUAGAUCAUACAAAUUUUAAAAUAUUAAAUGCUGUCUAUCAAGACCGAUAACUGGGCUUUUCAGUUGUGAAAAUUUUAUGAAAUUGUUAAAGUACGCUAAUCAUGUUAUAAUAUUAUAAAUUUAAAAAUUGCACGAUUCAAACAAUUAAUGUUAACUCUUAAAAAGAGCUAACCCUCUUUGAUAUGGGUGAAGAAUAAUAGAAUUGGUUUGAUUUGGUGUGUUAUACAGAUUAGUGAUGGGAUGAAAUCUAUACGAUUAUAUUUUUGGUUUAAAUGGUUAAGAGUUGGUCUGUUUACUAAUAAUUGUUUAUCUACAGCCUUAAAAUUGUCAACGAACACAGAUUGUCAGAUAACAAAACAAUCACCAUAUUAUACAUUCCAAAGAAAUCGACAAUUUUAUUUUUGACCCAAAUCAAAGAGGUCUAAUCAUUUUCAUAUCUUGAUCUUCAUACUGUCGAUCCCAGAAAUCCACUACCUAUGUGUCUUUUGUUGUAUAUUAUUAUUUAUAUGCAAUGUUUUAAAUAAAAAUUAGAAAAUGC